UCAUUGGUCAUGUUGAUUCUGGGAAGUCAACCACCACGGGUCAUUUGACCUACAAGCUAGGUGGAAUUGACAAAAGUGUGAUUGAAAUGUUUGAGCAAUAGGCUGCUAAGAUGAAUAAACGUUCAUUCAAGUAUGCUUGGGUGUUGGACAAGCUCAAGGCAGAGCGAGAACGUGGCAAGACUAUUGACAUUACAUUGUGGAAAUUUGAGACGACCCGCUAUUACUGCACUGUCAUUGAUGCUCCUGGACACCGUGACUUUAUCAAGAACAUGAUCACUGGAACCUCCCAGGCUGACUGUGCCGUUCUAAUCGUUGACUCGACCCAUGGUAAUUUUGAAAAUGGAAUAUCUCAAGAUGGACAGACUUUCAAACACGCUUUGCUUGCAUUUCUACUUGGUGUCAAGCAAAUGAUUUGCUGCUGCAACAAGAUGGAUGCUACUACAAAAUCCAGGUUUGACGAAAUUGUUGAAAAAUUGGCAUCCUUCCUCGAGAAAGUUGGAUACAAGCCUGAGAAAAUCCCAUUUGUACCAAUUUCUGGUUUUGAGGGCGAUAACAUAACUGAGAGGUCGGCUAACCUAGACUGGUACAAAGGGCCAACUCUGCUUGAAGCCCUUGACCAGAUCAAUGAGCCCAGAAGACCAUCUGACAAGCCUCUCCGCCUUCCACUUCAUGAUGUCUACCAUAUUGGUGGGAUUGGAACCGUACCAGUGGGACGUGUUGUAACUGGUCUGAUCAAACCAGGUAUGAUGGUCACUUUUGGCCCAUGUGGUUUGACAACUGAAGUCAAAUCUUUAGAGAUGCACCACGAAGCACAACUUGAGGCAUUGCCAGGAGACAAUGUUGGUUUCAAUGUUGAGCAUGUUGCUGUGAAGGAUCUUAAACGUGGGUACGUUGCUUCAAAUGCUAAAGAUGACCCUGCAAAGGUGGCUGCUGGUUUUACUUCUCACGUCAUCAUCAUGAACCACCGUGGUGAAAUUAGAAACGGGUAUGCACCAGUGCUUCAUUGCCAUACAUGUCAUAAUACUGUUAAGUUUGCUGAGAUCUUGAGCAAAAUUGACCGGAACUCUUAUAAGGUGCUGGAGAAGAAACCUGAGUUCUUGAGAGCUGGUGACGCUGGAAUGGUGAGGAUGGUUCCAACAAAACCGAUGGUGGUUGAGACUUUCUCUAAGUAUCCUCCAUUGGGCCGGUUUGUUGUGAGGGACAUGAAUCAGACUGUUGGUGUGGGCGUGAUCAAAAGCGUUGAUAAGAAGGAUCCAACUGGAUGAAUGGUGGUUUGUUUAUAAAUAACUUGAAGCUGACUAGCUGAGUUUGAACUUUUUUGUUCUGUUUUUUUUUUUUUUUUUUUUAGUUUUGUGUGGGUUAGGUCUUGUAUGGUGGUUCUGAAGUUCUUCUGGAAUCAUACUUUGGUGCUUGUGGCACUUUUUGUAUUUUGAUGUUUAUUUUGC